UUAAUAUCUUUUAGAAAGAGAAAAAAAAUGAAAAAGGCAAAGUGUAAUUUUAAAGGACAAGCAAAAAAAAAAAAAGAGAAGAAAAUCAAAUUAUCUCAUUGGAAACCCCUAGUCGCGAUGCUGACAUUGCAAAAUCUGAUUGGACGAAAGAACAAUUGUAACAACGCACCAGCUGAAAAAAAAGGAAGAAAAAAGAAAAGAAAGGCGUCACACACGAGAAGCUCUAGCAGCGAGAUCUGACGCUGCUGCCAAUUGCGAAUCCACCGCUUUGUCUGCAACAACAAGCUCGUCUGCUCAAACUGCUUAAAAGAGAUUUUUGAAAGAAACUGAACAUUAUUAUUUCAAUAUUUUGUUUUGGGAUAGAGAAAUCUGUAGAUCGAAUCUCGAAGCAAAAGAGAAAAAAAAGAAAAGAAGAAAUGAAUAUAUUCAGAUUAGCGGGUGAUAUGACUCACCUUGCUAGCGUUCUCGUUUUGCUUCUCAAGAUCCACACUAUCAAAUCCUGCGCUGGCAUUUCUUUGAAGACUCAAGAACUCUAUGCUAUUGUUUUUGUUACGCGCUAUUUGGAUAUAUUUACAGAUUUCAUAUCCCUCUACAAUACUAUCAUGAAGCUAAUAUUUUUAGGAAGCUCAUUUUCAAUUGUUUGGUACAUAAGGAACCACAAGAUUGUCAGUAGAUCUUACGAUAAAGCUCAAGACACCUUCCGUCAUUAUUUUCUUGUACUGCCUUGCUUAUUCUUGGCCCUUAUUGUCAAUGAGAAAUUCACUUUUAAGGAGGUGAUGUGGGCAUUUUCCAUCUAUUUAGAAGCUGUUGCCAUACUUCCUCAGCUUGUUCUGUUGCAGAGAACUAGAAAUAUUGACAAUUUGACAGGGCAAUACGUAUUUCUUCUUGGUGCAUACCGAGGUCUAUACAUUCUCAACUGGAUAUAUCGCUACUUCACUGAGCCACAUUAUAUUCAUUGGAUAACUUGGAUUGCAGGGCUUGUACAAACUUUGCUUUAUGCUGACUUUUUCUAUUAUUACUUUGAGAGCUGGAAAAACAACAAGAAGCUCCAGUUACCAGCUUAAGAGUUAUUUAAAAACUGCUGCAAGGAGGAUAUUUUGAUCCAUCCACAGUAACGCCUAGAUUUUUUUGGUUUUAUUAUUGCUAUGUUUUAGCGGUUUUUUUUUUUUUUCUCUAUAGCAGGGCUUCUUUGAGAUGUAGAAAAAGUGCACCUUAAAUCAUAUUGUUUAUUUUUGUAGGGAUA